AUGAAGGUUUAUGGUUGGAUUGCAAUAACCAUUUGCAUGGUGAUUUGUCUUAAUCCAUGCAUCUGUUUAGAAGAAACUGAUGAAGGAAAUUGCAAUAUAUAUGAAGGAAGUUGGGUUUACGAUGAAUCUUACCCUCUUUAUGACUCUUCAAAAUGUCCUCAUAUUCGUUUGGAAUACGAUUGCUUGAAAUAUGGAAGAACUGAUAAAGAGUAUCUCAAAUAUAGAUGGCAACCUACCAAUUGUAACCUAUCAAGUUUUGAUGGAAAAAGUUUCUUGACAAAAUUCAAGGGAAAACAAAUCAUGUAUAUUGGAGAUUCAGUGAGUUUGAACCAAUGGCAAUCAUUUAUAUGUAUGCUUCAUUCAAUUUUACCUAACGCUACUGUAACACAAGUGGAUGGUGAACCCAUCACAAACCACACAUUCCAGGAGUAUGGAGUUUCAGUUAUUGUCUACCAUAGUACAUAUUUAGUUGACAUUGAAGUGGAAAAAAUUGGUAGAGUAUUGAAACUCGAUUCUCUCAAAGGAGGAAACAUAUGGAAAGAAAUGGAUGUUUUGGUUUUCAACACUUGGCUUUGGUGGUACCGCAGUGGGCCCAAACAACCAUGGGAUUAUAUUCAAAUAGGAGACAAAAUAGUGAAAGACAUGGAUAGAAUGGAAGCUUUUAAAACGGGUUUGACAACUUGGGCUAAAUGGGUUGAUACAGAUGUUGAUACAACCAAAACCAAAGUUCUUUUCCAAGGAAUUUCUCCUAUGCACUACCAUGGAGAAGAAUGGAAUGAGCCAGGAGUAACAAAUUGUGCAAAAGAGACAACACCAAUAAAUGGAUUAUCAUCAACGUCUGGAUUACCAAAAGCAUCAUAUGUAUUGGAGAGUGUUUUGGAGAAAAUAACAAAGCAUGUUCAUCUUCUUAAUAUUACAGCUCUUUCAGAAUUGAGAAAAGAUGGACAUCCUAGUUCUCAUAAUGGCUUCCAUGGCAUGGAUUGUACACAUUGGUGUGUAGCCGGGGUUCCAGAUACUUGGAAUUUGCUUUUGCUUGAAUCAAUUAUGAAUUAG